CGGACACCACAGCACCCCUUUUCUGUCUCCUCUCUCUCGACUCGACUCGACUCGACUCCCUCCACCACCGCUGCGUUGCCGCUCUCUCGCCCUUCUCCGCCGGAACCCCCCCGGCCCGACGCGCCGUUGCCCACGUCUUCCUCUUUGUUACCUGUGAAUCUCUUUGGUUGGUUUGGCUACUGGAAGUAGGAUGGAAGAUAGUCAAGCUGUGGUCUCUCAAGCAUCCAGUGCUGCAGACUAUUCAUCUACAGCUCAUGUUCCUGCUGAGUACCCUAUGACCGAUUCAGCUGCUCCUUCAGGUGGCGAAGGCCUUGUUUCCUCUGUACCCACCGCAGCUACAGAUUAUGCUUUGUCAGAUGGUACUAAUCUAGAUGAGAGGAAUAUGUACAGUCAGGAACCCAAUUCUGUUGAACAGAAUGCCACAUAUGGUAUGGCAUAUGAAUCUAAGCCUGAUGGUGGGGCUGCUGUAGCUAGUGAAAAUGCCAUUGGCCAUGAAACAGUGGCAGGUAUCUCUACUCAUACAACUGGUUAUGAUUCCAUGAAUGGAGGUGCUGGUGAACUGGCCAGUUAUCAGCCUACAGGAGUUGUUGAGAAUGGAGAUUUAUCAAAUGAUGUGGGUGGUACUGUUGUUCAACAACCAUAUGAAGAUGUGGUGUAUACUGCUGAGGAAGAAAGAUUAUGGAAUAUGGUGAGAGCAAAUUGUUUAGACUUCAAUUCUUGGACAGCCCUCAUCGAUGAAACAGAGAAGGUUGCAGAGAACGACAUUAUAAAAAUUCGGAAAGUUUAUGAUGCAUUCUUGGCCGAAUUUCCUUUGUGUUAUGGCUACUGGAAAAAAUAUGCUGAUCAUGAGGGACGUCUGGACAGUGUCGACAAGGUUGUGGAGGUGUAUGAACGGGCUGUCCUAGCAGUGACAUAUUCUGUGGAAAUUUGGUUGCAUUACUGUACGUUUGCAAUAUCAACAUAUGAAGAUCUGGAUACUAUUCGAAGGCUGUUUGAACGUGGAUUGGCAUAUGUGGGAACAGAUUAUGGGUCACAUAUUUUGUGGGAUGAGUACAUCAGAUAUGAAGAGUCUCAUCAAGCAUGGAGUCAUCUGGCCAUGAUUUAUACCAGAAUACUUGAGCAUCCUAUCCAACAACUGGAUCGUUAUUAUUAUUGUUUUAAGGAGUUGGCUGCUAGUCGACCUUUAUCUGAAAUACGGACUCCUGAAGAAGCUGCUAUGGCUGCUGCCACAGCUGAGACUGGUGGUGGCCAGAGUCUUGAGGGUGAGGUUCGUCCUGAUGGUGUAGAGCAAUCUCCAAAGCCUGUAAGUGCAGGUUUAACAGAGGCAGAGGAGUUGGAGAAGUAUAUCGCAAUUAGGGAAGAGAUGUAUAAGAAAGCUAAAGAGUUCGAAUCUAAGAUCAUUGGUUUUGAAACAGCUAUUAGAAGGCCAUACUUCCAUGUCAGGCCUCUUGAUGAUCCAGAGCUUGAAAACUGGCACACCUAUCUUGAUUUUAUUGAGAGAGGAGAUGACUUUAACAAGGUUGUGAAGUUGUAUGAAAGAUGUCUAAUUGCUUGUGCCAAUUAUCCGGAGUUCUGGAUCCGUUAUGUUUUAUGCAUGGAAGCGAGUGGAAGCAUGGAGCUUGCAAAUAAUGCUCUUGCUCGGGCUACUCGAGUCUUUGUGAAAUUUUUGGAUCUCUUUGGAGAUGCACAGUCAAUUAAAAGGGCUGAAAAUAGGCAUGCUAUGCUUUUUCUACGUCAGAAGAGCAUGGUGAUAUCAAAAAAACGAAAUGCUGAAGAUUUCCUUACCUCAGACAAGGCUAAAAUAGCAAAGACUUAUCCAGAGCCAGGUCAGUCAGUUAUGGGAGCAUACCCAAAUGCACAGAUUCAGUGGCCUGCUGGUUAUGGACAAAAAGCUCCAGCUUGGCCACAGACUUCGCAGUCACAAGGGCAGCAGUGGAAUCCUGGAUAUGCACCACAGCCUGCGUAUAAUGCAUAUGGAGGUUAUGCUAAUUAUGGCCAGCCGCAGUUGCCCACAUCAGCACCUCAGAGUGCUUCUUAUGGUGCAUAUCCUCCGACAUAUCCAGUCCAGGCUUAUCCACAACAAACAUAUGCCCAGACUGCAGCAGCACCAGCACCAGCACCAGCAGCGGCAGCCACUGUAUUUCCUCAGCAACCAGCUCCCACCCAAUCAUAUUAUGGCAGUUACUACUGAUUUGGUCCAUGUUUUGAAGAGCAACUAAUGCUGUUUUGUAUGAUAGGUAGUCUCGUGAAACCUAAACUGAUCCAACUGCGUAUACCCGCUGCUCUUGGGUAAUCGCAUUGAGUGCUGCACACAGCCUUAAAAGCCUGCUUUGAUCCAUCUCCGCCUUGUGGAUGACAUGCAAAUGGUGACAGUUGUCAUCGAUGAGGGUGUUAGUUGGUACCCACUGCAUGAAGACAACAAUGAUGUGUCAUCUAGAUUUCUACUGCUAUAGUUUGAUUUUCACCUUGAUCUGCUGAGCUGUGGCCAUUUGCAGAGACAAAGGGUUCCUGAUUGAAUACAUACAACCUGUUAAUUGGAGGAAUCAACUGUAGCCGUGUCGUAUGAGGGCAUAGCCAAUAUGAGCCCUUGUUUUUCAACUGUUUAGGCAGUCGUGUAAACAUUGUGGUCAUAAUAUGAUUCUCAGGAAAAUGAAAUUUUGUGCAGGAUUUUAUUAUACAA